GCAGUUGGUGCGAGCGGGGGCUGGGAUGAGGCAGAGCCACACCGGUAAGCAUCGAUUGUUGUAGCUGUGCACAGCGCGCUAUACCUUGGACCAGGGUGGGUCUGAAAGCAUCAGCAGUGACUAGAACCUGGCCCAGCCAAAGCCAUGACGGACACCAGUGCAGACACAGACUCUUUGAGUGAAGCGUUGAAGGCCAUCAGUGUGACAGAGCUGAUAGAAGAGGAGCUCCAGCCACAUUUGGAUACACUUCUGCAGACUCUGCUGGACAAAACGGAAGGGGCUGCAGUGCAGAUCUGCAGAAGUGGGAUACUGCCCAUUCUGGCCCAGACUUUGAGGACUAAAAGCUCAGUGAGCUGCCAGGUGGCACUGGUGAUUGCAGAAAUGGCUCGUGAAGCUGCUGUUCGAGAGCCAUGCAUUCAGGCAGGCCUGGUGAAGGAACUGCUGCCCUAUCUCCACAGUGACAACCAAGAAAUGCUACUGAACACUGGUCGUGCAAUCGGACGCAUCUGCUUUGAUAAUGCCCAACAGCAGGAGGAACUGGUCCAGAGCAGUGUGAUCCCUAGGCUCUUGUCCAUCAUGAGGGAGUAUCCAGACAACAACCCCCUGCUCAACGUCUGCCUGCUGGCCUUGUGCAACCUUGCUGAUCUGGACUCUGCAAGGGCGGCCUUGGCUACUCUGGAUGUGGCAAAUGUUCUUACCUCACAGCUGAAAAGGUCACCUGAUGCUGAGCGCCGACAUGUCAUUCUGGAAAUCCUUGGCUCUCUGGGUGAAAGUGAGAUUCUAAAACUGCAGUUUGUAGAGUCUGGGGUCCCGGAAGCUCUUUCACAGAUGAUCUGGGCUCUACAGGGCGAGUCGGACCCCCAUGACCUCUGCAGCAUCAAAAUUGCCUCCAACCUCAUUGUCUCCCUACUGUUAGGAGAUGAGUCAAUGCAGAAGUGUUUUGGAGAGGGCUCAGGAGUAGUGUACCAGGACGUUUUGCUGUGGCUGCAAAGCCCCAACAAUCAGCUUCAACUGUCAGGAGCUCUGGCCAUCGCAAAUUUUGCUCGCAACGACUGUAACUGUGUGAAGAUGCUUGAGCUGGGGGUGGUGCAUCACCUCCUGACUCUACUGGAACAGCACGUGGAUGAGGGCGAUGUGUCCGUGCAGCAUGCUGGGCUCAGUGCACUCAGAAACUUGGCCAUUCCUGCCACCAACAAGGUGCAAAUGCUGCAGGAUGGAGUAACAGAGAGGAUAAAAAGCCUACUGCGAUCUGACAUGCCCCCAGUACAGUUCAAAUUGCUGGGUACACUGAGGAUGAUGGUGGAUGGACAAGAGGAUGCUGCCUUGCUCAUGGGCAAAGACAGUGUGCUUCUUACGCGGGUGAUGGAGUGGUGUGAAGCUAAGGACCACGCAGGCGUCAGAGGGGAGGCCAGUCGACUACUGGCUGCGCUUAUCCGCCAUAGCCGUAGUCCUGAAGUAGUUGGUGCCGUUGCCCAUGCACAUGGGAUUAAGCACCUUAUUACUAUGGCGACAGGAGAACAUGUUAUCAUGCAGAAUGAGGCUCUGGUUGCUCUGGCCAUUGCAGCUGCCAUUGAUAUUGAGUCCAUAAAGGGACCCAUCCGUGAAGCUUCACUGCUGCCUGUGUUAAAGACCACUCUGGAGGACCCAGCUGGUGCCGUGGAGGUCAAGUUCAACAGUUUAGGGCUCAUCUGCAGCUUGGCUAACUCUGGUGUGAUGAAGGAGGACCUGGACUCUGUGCAUAUCCAGGAGAGUCUGAAUCAGCUGACCAAUCACAGCAGUAGUAAGGUGGCAUCACAGGCCGAAGCCUUACUGCAAACUCUAGGAGACAGUAGCUGAACCAAAGGAAGACAGACAAGCACAAGGUGUAGAUGCACAAGUAUUACUGAGGUGUUUACAAACUACAACAUCAAUGUCAAUGCUAGUCUUAUUAUCCAAAAUUAAAAAACUGUAAAUGUUGCAUAUGACUUAUUAAUAAAAAAUAAUGCAAUAACGUUAAAGUCCAAACAAAAUGACUUGCAUUGCUAUUUUUUAUUCCAGCUAAAUAUCUGUGUUUCUUUGUAUUAGAGAAGUAAGCUCAUUUUAUUUUGUUGUCACUUUAUUCAGUCUAUGAACACAACUGAAAUGUAAAAUGUUUACCAAAUGAACAACUAUGCUAUUUUUGGUCUUUUCAUUCUACCUCUGUAUCUUGUACAGACCCAGUCUUAUAAGACUUCAAAUACACCCACAAAGCUUU